CUGUGAGCUGGGAGGUCGUUCUAUAACUGCCUGCCUUUGCUAGUCCUGCGCCAAGCGACCGGCAGAGACAUGAAUUACUCAAGGUUUCUCACGGCAACCAGCAUUGCCAGAAAGCCUUCCCCCAUCAGAGCCACAGCUGACAUAAUGGUCAAGGCACCAAAAUCCCUCAUUUCCCUGGCUCCUGGAUCUCCAAACCCAAACAUGUUCCCCUUUAAGACGGCUACUUUCACUGUGGAAAAUGGAAAUACUAUACACUUUGAAAAAGAUACAAUCAAAAGAGCCCUUCAGUACUCUCCAAGCUAUGGAAUUCCAGAACUUCUGUCAUGGCUAAAACAGUUGCAAAUAAAACUGCACAAUCCCCCCACUGUCCACUACCCACCCACUCAAGGACAAAUGGAUAUCUGCAUCACAUCCGGCUGCCAGGAUGGGCUCUGUAAGGUGUUUGAAAUGCUCAUCAAUCCUGGAGAUAUUAUCCUCAUAAAUGAACCUUUGUAUCCCGGAGCCCUUUAUGCUAUAAAACCAUUGAGUAGUAACAUCAUUAAUGUCCCCAGUGAUGAGUAUGGAAUUAUUCCAGAGGCUCUCAAAAAAAUACUUUCCCAAUGGAAACCAGAAGAUUCCAAGGAUCCCACGAAAAACACUCCAAAACUUCUUUAUACUAUCCCAAAUGGCAACAACCCUACAGGCUACUCAAUGACAGGUGACCGCAAGAAGGAAAUCUAUGAGCUUGCAAGAAAAUAUGACUUCCUCAUAAUAGAAGAUGAUCCUUACUAUUUUCUCCAGUUCAACAAGCCCUGGGUACCAACCUUUCUCUCCAUGGAUGUCGAUGGCCGUGUGAUCAGAGCUGACACCUUUUCAAAGAUCCUCUCCUCCGGGUUGAGAGUAGGGUUUAUGACAGGCCCCAAGUCCUUGAUAGAGAGGAUUGUUUUACACACACAAGUCUCAUCACUACAUGCCUGCACCCUCUCACAACUCAUGAUAUCACAGCUUCUAUACCAAUGGGGACAAGAUGGCUUCCUGGCUCAUGUUGACAGAGUCACUGAUUUCUACAGGGACCAGAGGAAUGCUAUAUUGGCGGCAGCAGACAAGUGGUUAAGUGGUUUGGCAGAGUGGCAUGCUCCCAAAGCUGGAUUGUUUCUAUGGAUUAAAGUUAAGGGAAUCUCCAAUACACAACUACUGAUUGAAGAAAAGGCUAUUGAAAAAGAGGUCUUAUUUGUUCCUGGAAAUGGUUUCUUCAUCGACAGCUCAGCCCCCAACCCCUUCUUUAGAGCGGCCUUCUCUGUGGUUACUCCAGAGCAGAUGAACUUAGCCUUCCAGAGAUUGGCCCAACUCAUAAAGGAGUCAUUAUGAGGAAAUCAAACUAAGCAUUAUACUCUUAAUUUUUAAACAUAUUGUUUCUAUAUUUUCCUGAAGAAAUGCCUGUAGCUG